AGGGUAGAAGAAAGAGGGAGCGGGAGGUACAACAUUCUCGUGUGUGUUUUCACUCUGGUCGGACACCAGCUUAUAUAAACACGGUCCACUGUAGCUUCUGCUCAUUCAUUUUUGACUGCUUAACUGGGAGAAUGUCUGGCCGAGGCAAAGGAGGUAAAGGUCUGGGGAAGGGAGGUGCUAAGAGGCACCGUAAAGUGCUGCGAGAUAAUAUCCAAGGCAUUACUAAACCUGCUAUCCGUCGUUUGGCUCGUCGCGGGGGAGUAAAGCGCAUUUCUGGUCUCAUUUACGAGGAGACACGGGGUGUCCUGAAAGUGUUUCUGGAAAACGUUAUUCGAGAUGCUGUUACCUACACUGAGCACGCUAAGAGGAAGACUGUGACUGCUAUGGAUGUUGUCUACGCUCUGAAACGCCAAGGCCGUACUCUCUAUGGUUUUGGAGGCUAAGAAAUACCCUUGACUUUCAACAACAAAAGACCCAAAGGCCCUUUUAAGGGCCACC